AUGGACUGGUUUGAUCAAAAUCCGCUUCCACCCAUCAAUCUCAUUACAACAGCACCAUUAAGCGAUGUUGUACGUGAACUACCAAUAUUAUCAUUACAAAAUCCUGGAACAGAAAGUUUACUUGAAUCUAUGUUUGCGGAUCAUACUUCAAUGUUGUUAAAUUGUCGUGAUAUUAAUUUAGCUCAACAACUGUGUCAAACAUUGAGUCAAGUUAAUACACAGUCUUUAACAUUUCGUCAUUCGUCAGAUAGCAUUACAACACUGCCGCCUCUCCUUCAAACAUGUUUACAAAUUAAUCCAAAUACAUUUAACGGGAGUACAUCACUUCAAAUACCGUCAGGAAUAGCGCCACCACUGCAGUUUUCAUCACAGUUUCAACCGACAAAUCAAUCAUUUUCUUAUAGUCCAACCGGUUUUGCUGCACCACAUCAACAAAUAAGUCCAACUGCUUGUGCUUACACGACUAGUUCAUCUUAUCCGCAUUCGUUCUUGCCAUUACAAGACAAUCCAUUGACCAAUAAUCACAAUUUUUUACCAUCCUAUGCACAAGUUCCAACUUCACAAUCAGUUUCAUCGUCUUUGUCAAACAAUAUUCGCCCGACGAUACGUCCCACAGCCGUCGUUCCACCAAUUCAAAAAGAACAACAGCACAUACCGAAAGAAAAAACAAUUAGUCCUAAUGCACCUUCAUCCUCGUCAUUGAGUUCAACCUCCAUUUCUCCGAACAAACAAGAAUUGAUUUUUACUGAAAAAUUCCGAUCAUCACCACCACCACCACUAUUCUCACAUGAUCAACAUCAACAUCAACAACAGGUAUAG